GUGAAAGUGCCCAUGCCACUGGCUUACGCAUAACUAGUUCUUAAUAAUAGAAAUUUAGCUCUACACCCAUUGAGAAUGGAGGGAGACACUGCCCACUAUUAUGAAGUUUUGUAUAGUUUUACUGCGGAGGAAGAUGCAGAGCUUUCGGUGCAGAAGGGCGAACGUCUGCGCUUGAUCGACCCCACCAUCCGGGAUGGCUGGGUGAGGGUCGAAGUUUGUAGUGAGCCCGAUCGGCAGGGAUUCGUCCCUGUUUCCUAUCUAAAUCCGAAAAAAGUGUCAAAUUCCACCGCAGACGAUAGUGGUGCGACAGAGGUGAAAUUAUCUUUACUAGAGAACACUACACUAGAAGGAAACCCUUUAGAUGCCAGUUCGAUUCAGAACCGUGGUGAUCUUAUGAAUUAUUCUCAGAUCAGUUCUCAGGCUCAAGACCAAUCUCGUAUUUUAGGCAGCAUGAAGUCAGAAUCUCCGAAAGCGCCCCCUGUGGAGGGAAACGCAGGAGUGCACUCAAGACAAAGGGGUGAUGAUCAAAUUACUACCAGAAUAGCGGAGCAUGGAAAUUUCUUCCCUCAACCUGUGAAGCUAGACUCUAUUUGUCAAAAGGUGUUGAACGAUGAAUCGCACAUUAGCAAGGCUUUUACUAAUGAGUUCAUAAGGAACCAAACUUAUUUUGAUCAACUUAUGAGGCGGAGAACCGAUGCACUAGUGGAUAUACGGACUUGCCUGAAGGACACUAUGGCCGACAUUGAAGCUUGUAAGGAGAAGAGCGCCUUGCUCUCACAAAGAUUGAGUGAAAUGGUCCAGAUCACAGAAAAGGAGCACCUCCGACGAGUGGAGAAUAUGGAGGAAGUAAAGUUAUGUGUGAGACGCUCCCUGAUGCAUCCGUUUGGAGUCACGCCCCAAAAUACGAACCUAGACACAGGUAAGGUGAUGGGUGAGCACUUCUGACUCUGUUAGUUUUGGUUCACGAUUUUGCUUGACUAGAUGACUUUUAUUAUUAUGACACUUUUAUUGUAAAGAGCAGGGGAUCAAUAGAGUUGGGAGGGGAAGGGUGUGUGUGUGUGUGUGCCAUCGUUAGUCCAAGUACUCACAGCUAACUCCCCACUCAUUAGUUUCCAAACCCUAACCCAUUUUAUGCUCUUUACUUAUUCCAUGAUAUGGUCAUCCUUUCAUUGGAAACUUAUCCUAAAACACUCACGCAUUAAUUAUGCAUUUCCUUAUCCUU